AUGCCAGCAUUUGGGAUCAAAUAUCCUAAUAAAUUAAUGCAAAUAAUCUCAUAUCAGUCUCUUGAAGAUAAUGCUAGAUUAAGUAGAAUAAGUCCUAAUAGAUAUGAUAUAGAGUUUUAUGAAAUGAUGAAAGAGGAAUUUUGGUUGCCUCAAAACAGAAGAUGGCUUGAGUAUAGAAAUCAAAGUAGAAGAAGGGAAAAUAUGAAAGAAAGAAGUAGAGAAAAAAGUAGCAGUAGUUUAAGUAGAUCGAAAAGUAGAAGAAAAAAUAGAUUAAGAAAAAGUAGAAGUAGACUAGAAGUGGAUCAAAAAGAAAAAAUAAGAGGAUAG